AGACGCCGCUGGAGAUCGAGUGGUGGGGAAGGAAAGGGUGGCGAGUUUCCUCUCGCCGCGCGCACGCGCAGACGCGGCGAAGCGAGUUCAUCGCUCCUUCAUCGGGAACGUCAAGUUCGGAGGGAGCAUCCCAACCGAGGAAGAGGGGGAGCCGCGGGAGAGCCCAUCUGUGCAAACGGGGGUGGGGAGAGCAAAGGAGAGAAAAGGGGAGAACAAACAACCCACGUGAAGGAUAGGGAUGAAUUGGGAUUCCCACCUGCCAGGUUUUCACAUAACAGGUUAUAGCUGCUUCUUGUUACAUUAAGGGGGAACCUGGCAAGAUGGCUUCCAACCCUCCUGGACAAGGCUUUCAGAAUAAGAACAGGGUUGCGAUCUUGGCUGAGCUCGACAAAGAGAAGAGGAAGCUACUGAUGCAAAACCAGUCUUCCACGAAUCACCCCGGAGCCAGAGUUCUGCAGCCACUCUUCCAAACAUAUGAACUCCCCAUCCUGAAGACUAUGGACCCCUGCAUCUCUCUAGCUAGAUCCUCCCUUAACAAGGAUUUCCGCGAUCAUGCUGAGCAGCAGCACAUAGCGGCGCAGCAAAAGGCCGCUCUGCAGCAUGCUCAUGCACAUUCUUCAGGAUACUUUAUAACCCAAGACUCCGCCUUUGGAAACCUCAUUCUCCCUGUGUUGCCACGACUUGAGUCAGAGUGAGACAGAGAGUCCUUAGAAUGAAGAUCAUCCACUACUGCAGCUGCUGCUUCUCCAAACUUUUAGUCGAUGGUUUGUGAAAAUAAGAGAGGACUCAAAACUGAUUUCUUUUUUACUCAUUGUAAUGGCUUUCAUUUUUAUUUUUUUAUUUUUGGUGGUGGCAUUAAACUACUUAAAAUGAA